UUACCAACGUGUUAAAAGUUCAAAAACAAAAUAAAAAUAUUGUGACAACCACUCAAUCGCAUUUUCUUAUGAAAUAUAGUGUAACAGUUUUUAAACUAUAUUUCAAAAAGGUUCGAAACUUUUAUAAUUAAACUUAGGUGACGCCAAAAACAAUAACGAAUGGGUAAAGUUUAUAUCCAUUGUCUUUCCCUUCUCCUUGAGUCUGAAAUUCCAUUCGAUACCAACAUAACCAAAGCUUUUUCAAGUGAUGACGUCCGUUUAAAUAGUAAGAAUAAAUAAGUACAAAAUGAUGAAGAAAAGACAGCAAACAUGAUUUUUAGAAGUAAAUAUUAUAAGCGCCUUCAAAGUUCCAAAAGAGAUAGUGAUGACAGUAGUGGAGAAGAAACUGAACUCUUUGUUCGAAAUAAAUCUCCCAAAAAGGAAAUACCUACUAAAGAAAAGACUAUAGAUGAAGGUGACACCUUACAAUCAUUAGCAAUUCGUUACCAUUGCACGAUCGAGGACUUGAAAAGACUCAAUAAUAUACAUAAAGAAAAUGAAAUAUUCGCCAGAAGGACAAUCAAAGUGCCGCAUAGGCCACUUUCAGAAGCCUUAGCUGGAAUUCAUGAUAGUGGUAAAAGUUCACCAACUGAUCUCCAUGAACCAUCCACAUCCAGAUUAAUUGAUGUAGAUAUGUUAGAAUCAAAAUUAGAAAAAGAACAAGACAAAAGUGGAGAGCUUAACCAAAUUAUUUUCAAUAGCAAUAUUGCCCAUAAAGACGUCGAAAGAGAUGAUUCUGUUUCGAAUGAAUAUGAGGAUGGUCGUCUAUUACCACUACGUUCCCCUAUAGCCUCUCCUGAUCCGAUAAUCUCUAGAAUAAACUGCAGUGGAUCUGAUUGGGAUAUUUCGUAUCCUGCUUUAGUUGUUUGCAUUAUAUUAGUAAUUUUUGCGGUUCCUUUAAUUUAUGUAUUUUAUAUCGCUGAACACCCAGAAAAAUAUCAGAACCAUACACAUUUCAAUAGAUGAUGAUAUUUAGUUAUAAAUUGGAUAGCGAAAUGUGAAGUGCUAAACUUUAUUCGUUAAGUGCAAUUCUUUAAAAAUUGUGUAUUUUAUUUAAAAAAUCUAAUGUGUGAUGUGACAAUCAUUAUCAAAUGUCUUUAUUUGCUUUUUGGUUGUCGCCUUUAGUAUUAUUGAUUGAGAUUUGCUAUUUUAAAUGCGCUAGACAUAUCUGGACGUUGUGAUAAGUCAUUUAUUUACUAAGGAAAAACAUUAAACUGUUUUGCUAUACAGGCAAUAAUCAAAAAAUGUUUUGUAACCUAAUCGCAAGGUGUUAACUAACCCAGUCUAGACAAUUAGGCAAUAUACAAUAUUGAUGGCUAUGUUGAUAAUGAUUAUCACUAAUGAAAUGCACUCAGUGCAACAUAUAUCUAGUUUUCGGGCUAUGACUUAUGUAAAAAAAUAUUUGACUUUGCGGGAUUUUUGCUAAGUAUUAUCGCAUCGACUCGGAAUCUGAAAUUGCUUUUUUUUAUCAAUAUUAUGUAUAUCAAAUUUAUUCGAUUACCAGUAUUUUACAUAAAACGUGUUAUAUAUAUUUUGACUUUUGAAUAUUUUUAAAUUUUGACUUAAUAUUUUUUAAUUUUAUUUACCACGAUUUCAAUUAGCGCAGUUUAUAAAAUUGUAAAGAAAUUAAUUUAAUUGUCAAAUUAAAACAAGUUUGUGACAUAUGUACGUAUUUCACGAAGCCUGAUUUAUCAAAAUCGGAAAAAAUCGCCAUUAGGAGUCGACUACUUUUAUGUGUCGCCAACUGUGCUUUCUGUUACUUUUGAGUGCUAAGUUAAAAUAAAAAUGUCAAUGCGAAACGCAUUAAUGCGGCGUAAAAUCGCAACUGCUAACGAGGAUAUUUUUUCGUUUUUUAGCGGUUUCUUGGCUAAUUGUAAUCUUGAGAGCUUCCGUACAGAGAAGUGAAAUCAAAGUUUCAACGAGCUGGUGUUUUUUUUCCGAUUUAGAUCAUCGAUACAUAAUCUUAGUUUUCAAACGCUGAAAGUAAUCUUUGUUCUUUUGAACUACCAUGAGUGUUUAGUAAAGGUCGUGAUAGUUUACUGGACACAAUUAAAAUAUUACCCAAAGUUUUCCUUUCCCAAACACGGUCCUAGAUUCUGUUAGCAACCUCCAGAUUUCUUAUAAAGCAAGUUAAAGUAUGUCCGUAGUUAAGUUAUGUACAUAAUAGUUAGCAACACCCUGAAGAUCUGCCGCUGCUCCAUUAAUAAUUAGCUUAUUAUUAUCCAGCAGUGAGCAAAUUAGUUGUUUUGUAUAUCAGUUUUAGGAUUUAAGGAAAGCGAUGUAGUAAUUUUCUUCUAAUUUCAGUGAAAACAGAGUAUUAGUAUUAGAUAAUUAAGUAAUUUAAAUUAAAUUAAUUUAAAAAAUCA